GGGCUUUGAGAGCAGGGGACGGAACGAACGAACGAACUCUAUCUGUCUAUAACUAAUCGCUUGUUACACGUCUGUCCGAUUGUCCGUACUGUCCGUCCCACGAGCCAGUGAAUAUCCUAGUUAGUUCCUCCACGUUUUUACACCUUCCUUUGUUUUCGCGAGUUGUUUUGUUUUUUUUUUUUUCAUUUUGUAAAUUUCUUUUUUAUUUUUCCUCCCUCGUUUUUGUCAUCAUCGUUGUACCGCGGCGCUCCCCGUUCAUCCGACGCAACGACAACCGCCGCGUAUGGAACUCGGCGAUCGUUUUGACGGUUCGACUUUUUUUUUUUUUUUUUUCUCUCUCUUUCCCCACCACUCGUUGCCUCGUCUACACCAACCCCUUGUGUUCCCUGAAACGUGCGUUCAUCGUUGUGCGGGUCUAGUUGUUCCACCGCUCGGACUAAAGUGAUAAAACGUACCUACAACACGAUCGAUGGUUCGAAGACGGACUGUAAUUUCGUAGGUGAAGGGGGGCCUCGCCUCGGCCUACCAGCAUGUGGCCGCCCAACGGAAAACAUCAUCUCAGCGACGAACAGCCACGGUUAUAGUCUUGGAAACGGCUAUUCGAUUCACCUGCAGCCUGCAGUGCUCGACUACUGCCAGUUGGAAUUAAGGAGGACGGAUUCCUCCUUUUUAUUGUUACGUCGUAUUGUUAUCCGUCGUUGUUAUUAUUUUAUUAUUUGUUCGUCCGAUCGGUACGUCGUUUCGACGAGAAGACGGUACUCUCCGGCAUUGUGACAGUGUGAUUAGUGCGUGCAGGUGGAAAGAUCAUAUUUUUUAUAUCGUUGUAUAUAAAAAAUAAAUAAAUAAUAAUAAUAAUUGUGUAGUUCAAAAUCAUCGAGUUAUAAAUAAUUCGGACUAAUUGUAACCUUACCUGCUGCCGGUUGUACGUGCAACGAUUAUGUCCGCCUACGCGCAAUUCGGAUACUCAUAUCCGUCGGCCUCGCAGCUUCUGGUUAGCGGUGGCCAACCAACCACGGCGACGUCGCCAGCGAUGUCAUCAGGCGGGGCCCUGAGUCCCGGGGCCCUGUCACCGUCAUCGACGGCAACGACGACGACGGGCGCCGGGCCCGGAACCACCGGUGGAGCGACUACGCCGGUCGGUGGAUCGACGGGGACCAGCACAGGAUGUUGCGAAAACGGACGACCGAUGAUGACGGACCCCGUGACCGGGCAAACGGUCUGCUCCUGUCAAUACGACAGCGCGGCCCGGCUGGCCCUGGGGGCCUAUCCAAGGCUGGCCCCGACGGCGACGUCGUACUCCUCCUACCCGACGCCCACGCCCUCCACCACCGACCAGGGGCCUUAUCCCAGCAUCGGGAUGGACAGCUCGGCCUUCUAUUCGCCCCUGGGUAACCCCUACGGGCUGAAGGACGCGACGGGGAUGGGAAUGACGCCGGACAUGGGCACCGCCUGGGGCACCGCCGCUCUCCAACCCGCAGCCACAGGCUACUAUCCCUACGAUCCAACCCUGGCUGCUUACGGAAUCUCGUUUAGCCUGGAUCAGCCUGGGUCAACGUGGUCGUGUAUUUGCAGGUACGGUGCAGGAUACGAUUUGGCCGCCAGGCGCAAAAACGCGACGAGGGAGUCGACGGCCACGUUAAAGGCGUGGCUGAACGAGCACAAGAAAAACCCGUACCCAACCAAAGGCGAGAAGAUCAUGCUGGCCAUCAUCACCAAGAUGACCCUCACCCAGGUAUCGACUUGGUUCGCCAACGCCCGGAGACGGCUCAAGAAGGAGAACAAGAUGACCUGGGAACCGAAGAACAAGACCGACGACGACGACGACGCCGUUCUAUCCGACUCCGAGGACAACAAAGAAAAGGACGAGCUUACGGGCGACGGACGGGGGGACAGAAUCGGGGACGACGCCAGGCGAACCCUCGACGACGCUGAACCCAUGAGGCACGUCAAGGCCGAGCAUCUCCAGCACGACAAGGACCUCGACGACGACGACGACCUCGACCUCGAGGAGAAUCCACGCCGAGGCGAGCACUCUUUCCACCAUUCUAUGCAGCCCCACCACCACCACCACCACCAGGGCUACGUCGGGGACGAGCACCUCAAGGACGAGGGCAUAAAGUCGGACUGCAGCGCCGGCGGCGUUCCCAUACCUGCCACCAAGCCAAAGAUUUGGUCCCUAGCGGACACGGCCGCCUGCAAGACACCCCCGCCCCCGAGCCACCCCCACCACCAGCAGUACCUCCACCACCAGCAACACUACGCGCAGCAGCAGCACCCGGGUCACCUCGCCGCCUCCCAGGGUCACCACCAUUCCCAGCAACCCUGGCUAGGAGGGGGCGGUGGAGGCCUGACCUCGUUCGCUCUUCCGUCCUCGGCGUCGAUGAGCCCCUCGGCUGCGGCGACGGCUCCGUACUCGAGCGCGGCCGCGAGGUACGGUGGUUUCCUAUCGUCGUCUUCCGGCGGUCAGCUUCACUACAACCCAAACUCGUCGGGAUCCUCGUCGAACGCUUCCUCGGCAGCGGCGGGGUUUCCAGAGGUUGGGACGGACACGCCGCCCCAAACACCACCCAACAUGAAAGUGGCCACCCCCAACGGGGUGAUCCAGGGCCCUCCUGGGGGGUACAUCCCUGGUGGCAAUAACGGUAACAACUCGGCUGCUCACUACCCCGGAGGCCACGCGGCCGGUUAUCUAUCCUCCAGUUCCGGAUCCGCCAGCAACGGGUUCAGUCCUCGGCUCCAGCACUCGCCUCACAAGGACUUCUCGCCUAUGUCGCAGAACUCCCUCAUCCACCAGCAGACCACCGCCAGCCUUCCCCCUGUGGAGGCAACCACCACCGCCUUCAAGCCCUUCUACAAGGGGUCGCAAUCAAUGGGCAGCGGGUUCGUUUCACCUGUAUAAACUCUCCGAGGUCUGAGAUGCGGGGGUUCGCCGUGUCAGAGUGGGCAAUUGGAAUCGUCGUUAUCGUCUCGUACGGAUGGAUUAACCUCGAGGACAAAGACGCUGGCACGAUUCCACUGUCGAACGCCGAGCUUCGAGCAGCCUUCGAAAUCAUCUCGGCGCAUGGGCAAAGUGCAUUAUUAAUAAACGUGGCGUGACAAAUUGCGCAUAAAAUACCUAUCACGUAAAACUACGCGGGGUGCAGCGUGUUUCGGGUGGUCCCCGACCUCUGGCCUUUCUUCUCCCUCUCCUCUUCAUCCUCAUCAUCUUCAUAUUCUUAUUCUUCCUCUUCUUCUUAUUCGCGGGUUUCUCUCCCUGAAUAUUUCCUCUUUCCAAUCAAUUUUCUCGCCUCAUGUUGUACAUAACGAGUACCUAGUUAUCGGAGACCGGCGGUUCACCCCCGCAAACGAAUAAAGACACCGAUCGUACGUCUACAGAUUCUAGAGUAUCGAAAGGUCUGUCUAUCCCGUGUAUCUUCGAGUGCGUCACUCGCACGAUCACUCAUCUCCACCCGUUAACAAUACCUACCUGUUAGAGUAUAUAAAUAAAUGAAGGAAUAAAUAAAUAUACACAUAGGUAUAUCAUAUAUACCAUAAAUGAAUUUAUAUACAUAAAUAUAAAUAUGAAUAUAUAUAUUAAAGAAGAAGAAAAAAAAAAAAUA